AUGUUGAAGACUCACAUGGAUGUGAUCAAGAAUCCGGGAGUGAACCUUUAUAAAGGAAAAGACCAGCCAAAUAAAGGUAAAGGUAAAGGUAAACCAAAGGACGAUAAGAAAAAGGCAGCAUGUUAUGUAUGUGGCAAAGAGGAUCAUAUGUCUCCAAAAUGCCCAGACAGACUGCUACCAGAGAUUCAAUGGAAGCAUCCAAAACACUAUGUUGAUUACGGGAAGAAGCUCAAUCUUAAUCAGAUUGGAGCAACUGUCCCAACUACAGCUACAGUUCCUGGAACUUCUCCAGCGACAAGUGUUAUCACUGGCGGUACAUCGAGUGUUGCGGGAAGUGUUAACACACCUUUGCGACUUGCUGGUACUACAGGUAAUCAAAUGAUGCAAGUUCCUUUGGGAAUGCAGCUCAUGCAGAUUCCAACUCAAGGUGGCGGCACUGUGACUGUCCCUUACUCUAUGAAUGCUACCGGUGAGAUUGCGUUCAGUGGAAUGCAACUCAGCCAACAAGGCUUCAGUGGUGCUCAAGUGCGCCAAGGAUUUGAUGCAACUCAAGCUCAAACUCUGCAAGUUGUGAAGACUGGCUAUUAUGAUACGUCAAAUGUCUUUCACGAUGCUAUCAAGGGAAAGGAUGAGAAUGGCAAUGAUGUCUACCUUAUUGCAUGUCCUACUGGAACGACUAACGUCAAACUUCAAUCCGACUGGCACUAUGCUAGUAAAAGUGAAGACUUGCCAGAUCUUGCUACUGAAGCAGAUCGAG